UCUUGCUCUUUCUCUCUCUUUCUGUUUACCCAUCUUUUUCCUCCCAUGCUCUUUACCACACACUCGUUGCUCUCUCGCAAGAAAAAACCUCGAUUUUGACGCAGGAGCUGGUCUCUGUCGCAGGACUAAGUGCGCUACUUCCAAGAUACUUCAAAAGAGAUCACUAGAACAUCUCUGUCGACUCCCUUCACCACCUCUUGCAUUUUCCACUCGAUCAAGAUGCCUCACGCGACGGGCCCCACCGCGGCCGACGCGGAGGACGCCGAGUUCGAAAAUGUGAUGCGACAAAUGAACGGUCCGAUGAAUAACGACAUUUCCUUCGACUUCCUGAACCGCGAACUUGAACCCGGCGAAAAGGCAGACGACGCGGUGGACUACGAAGACAUAGAUGAUGACGAUGAUCUGCCUGAUGAAGAGCCCGCGUCGUACCGACCGGGCGCAGCAGCAGAAGACAACGGUAUUGUUGACGAUCAGACGGUAGCCGGCAAGGAUGUGUCGGAUGGCUUCGAUGAUAUUUUUGGAGACGCUGGCGGUGAUGCCGGGGACGGCCAGCACGCUCCGGAGGACGACCUGGACGAUCUGUUUGGAGACGGGCCUGACUUGCCGACCGGACAGGAGGUCGAUCACACACGCGAUUUGUUUUUUGACGACGAGGAAGAUGGCUCUGCGCUUCCCAGCGUGCCAGAACAGAUCCAGGUUCCCCCGGAACGAGAUGAGAUUAUGGAGCAAGCUGCAGCAGAGGCCGGGGAAGAAGAAGAGGAGGAAGAUGAUCAGGCAGAAGAUGGAGCGCUGUCGCCUACUGCAGAAGACAUGGACCCCGCGCUUCUCCGUGCCUGGAAGCUUCAACAAGCCCUGUUCGCCAUGUCAUCGAAUGUCAUGGACCAUCCCCCUGCGCCACCGGAGAACGUGGAGGAGCUGCUGCAGUCCCUUUUCCCUGACUUCGACCGCAAGGCGCUCCCCCGGUUUCUCGAGUUGAUCCCCCACAAGAAAGCAUACUUCCUCGGCAAGCAGGCGCUCAAGCCUCCUAAGUCAGUUGUUCCCACCAAAGUCAGUAUCGAGCUGGCUCAAGACCAAGAGCGUAUUUUCAAGGCAGGCAGCCAGGCGCAGAAGCGUCAGCUCGAGUCAGAACAUCAUGGGGUUGUCCAUGUCAUCGAUGCCACACAAGAAGAAGAGGAAGGAGAAGACCUUAAAGGAGAUUUUGACCAUGACCUAGAUACAAACGAGGUUUUACCGGGAGGUGUCACCUUGCAGGACCUGCGAGUCAUCUGCACCGACUGGGACACCAAGAGUGACGUCGCAUCGGAGAUGGAUAUCGAUGAGCCAGAAGGCAAAGAGCAUCGCGGUGAGUCCGGAAUCGAUGCCGAAGAUGACUGGCUGUUCGAGACCACCCGUCCAGCGAAGAAACGGAAGCUUGGCCGAGAUCCUAUGGAUGUGAUCGCCCUGUCCCAUAUCGAACUGCCGCUGUUAGAUGACCCGGAACAAGUGACCGCACGUAUCUCGAAGAAGGUGCACAUCGACAUGAAUGACCCGUUCCUGCUUCUGGACGAACAGGGUCCCGAAUCAGUGACGCAGAAAGCAAAGGCACUAGGCUCACUCAAGAGAGACGAGAUGGACGCCAACGUCACCCGUCGUCUCACCUCACGGUACAAUAUCUCCAACGACCAAGCAUACGACAUGUUGAAGCAGAACCACCAGAACAAGGUUCGAAGCACUCUCGGAAACGUCACUCUAGAACAUAGUAUGCCGGCCUUGCGGCUGCAGUGGCCCUACUACAAAACCGAGCUGGCCAAGGCAGAGGCCCGUUCGUUCCACCGGCCCGCCCUGUCCUUCCGUCCGGGUCAGAGCUGUUGGUUCAAGAACCCGGCAUAUAUCAAGCGGAAGCACCAGCGAGGCAAGGACAUCAAGGCGCUCUACGAUUCUACCAGGUCGCUGUCCAUGGCCGACAACUCGAACGUCCUGUUGCUGGAAUAUUCCGAGGAAGCCCCCAUCAUGCUCUCAAACUUCGGUAUGGCCAACCGAUUCAUUAACUAUUAUCGGCGCAAGAAUAUGGAAGAUCCGACUCGUCCCAAAGCAGACAUCGGCGAGACGGUCGUUCUUCUCCCACAGGACAAGUCCCCCUUCUCGAUCUUUGGACAUGUUGAGCCCGGCGAGAUCACCCCUGCCAUUUCCAAUUCCAUGUACAGAGCCCCCCUGUUCCCCCACCAGGCCAAGUCAACCGAUUUCUUGGUUGUCCGCAGCAGCACUGGCAGCGGUGGAAGUGACUACUUCCUUCGGAACAUCGAGAACCUGUUCAUUGUCGGCCAGCAGUUCCCCUCGGUCGAUGUUCCGGGCCCUCACUCGCGUAAAGUCACCACCGUGGCAAAGAACCGCAUGAAGAUGCUAGUCUACCGUCUACUAAAGAAGAGUGGAGAGCUCAGACUGUCGAUCAGCGACGUCACCGCCCAUAUUCCGGGCACCACCGACAUGCAGAACCGGCAGAAAGUCAAAGACUUUCUCCAGCAUGAUAAAGAUUCCAAGUACUGGGUGCCCUUGGAGCCCGUUCCCGAGUCGACCACCGUCCGGUCCUGGGUUCAGCCGGAGGACGUCUGUCUGCUCGAAUCGAUGCAGGUGGGUCAGCAGCACCUCCAUGACACGGGGUACGGUAACGAAGCGGAGACCGCAGGGGACGAGGAGGACGACGGUGAAGGAGAAAGCUUCGAGCAGCAAAUGGCGCCAUGGAAAACUUCGCGCAAUUUCCUACUUGCCUCGCAGGGCAAGGCUAUGCUCAAGCUCCACGGCGAAGGCGACCCGACCGGUCGUGGAGAGGGAUUCAGCUUCAUCAAGACGUCCAUGAAAGGUGGCUUCAAGGCUAUCGGCGAGAGUGUCGAGGACAAGUUGGACGCGCAGCGGCUCAAGGAACUCGGUGGCCACAGCUACAAUGUUGCCCGACAGCAGAAGUCGUACGAGCAGUCGAUCCGCCGCAUCUGGGAUGCCCAGAAAGCGAGCCUUUCUUCGACGGUGGAACAUUCUGAUGACGACGAAAGUGACAUGGACGGCGUUGAGGAAUACAGCAAGCCAACUCCACGGUCAGAAGCCUUCACUCCCGCGCCCGCUCGCCGUGAUGACGAGACGACGAGUCAGUUCAGUAAGCUUAGCGUGACGAGUCAACGGGGCAAAGUGUUGCGUAUCAUCCGCGAGUACAGAGGAGAGAAAGGCGAAAUCGUUCAGAAAGAACAUAUUGUCUCCGAUCCUCGUGUCAUCCGCAAAUACAUCCAGCAUCGCCACCGAUUGGAAGCUCUGCACACCAAGCUCGAGUCUUUGCAGCCAACCGGCGACCCGGAGAUCGAUGCGCGGAACAAGAAGCUACUCGAAGCGGAACUGAGCCGUCUGAACCGCAACAAGGAACGCCGCUUUGCCCGCGAAAAGCAAAAGGGGGUGACCAAGGCCCCUGGCGCAGAGUCGCCUGCAGAAGGGGGUUCCGGCACUCCCGGCAAAUCUGGAGGCACCCAGCGCAAGUGCGCCAAUUGCGGCCAAGUCGGCCAUAUCAAGACAAACAAAAAACUCUGCCCGCUCCUGAACGGCACCAUGAAGCCCGAGGACCGCAUGGGCGAUUCGGCCUUCUCAAUGGGAGCCCCCCCGGCCAUCUAAUUCGAUGUUGAAAACACCAAAAAAAAAAAAAAAAAUAAC